CCCCGAAGGGAGCUCCGGUGGAGGGAAGUAUCCCCGUGCGCACCCGCUGGAUGGCGCGGACCCUGAGACCCGACGACAUCAACCCCCGGACGGGGCUGGUGGUGGCUCUGGUCAGCGUCUUUCUGGUAUUCGGCUUCAUGUUCACCGUGUCUGGCAUCAAGGGAGAGACCCUGGGAGACAUCCCGCUGCUGGCCAUCGGGCCGGCCAUCUGCUUGCCGGGCAUCGCCGCCAUUGCCCUGACCAGAAAGACCGACGGCUGCACCAAAUGUCCCGAGAACAUGCGUCCGUGCUGUAAGGAAGUCAGGGACCGGGAUGUCAUGGAGCUGUUAAGGACCCCCUCGGACCUAGAGUCCGGCAAGGGAAGUUGCGACGAGCUGGCCAGGAAAGCUUACCGCAAGGACAGGAGAGGGCUGAGGGGAGAAGACACCGUGUUCAUCUGCACCACCAGCAGCACCGGCGAUGCCACGGAAGAGUGCAAGAGCCUCACCAAAAAAGUGGAGCAGGAGGAGAUGCUGAAAUACCUGGAGAGCUGUUACCCAGAGAUGCCAGAGAAUGUGUUCGUGGGAGAUGGCCCCACAUACAGUGCCUUGGAGAAGAAGAGCUCUUCUCCCAGCAGGGACAGCACUCCUUGCCCUGACAUUGAAGACAACAUUUUUGUGGCUCCUAAAGAUAGUAUCAUUGUCUGCUCUUACAAGGAUAACAGCCCUUAUGACAGCUACUGUUGUUACAUAAACCCCACUGGAGUCAACUCAGACCAGGAGACCAUUGUGUGA